UUCAGCUGGGAUCUGCCUGUUCUCUGAACCAGCUCAUUGUGGAGUCCUGACAAGGAAAAGCCUGAAGCAACAAGAGAGUGAGAGGAAGGUUGGGAUGAGGAUUAGGAGAAAGAAAUUGGGAGACUUGGCUUGAUGAUUUGAGCACAAAUUCUGAGGCAGCCCUUAGAAGGCUUUCAGCUCGAAUGCUUGUUGAAUGCAGCUUCAGUAAUGAUGUGCUAUCAGGAAUUAGUAUUGCUGUCCUUGCAGUUUCACUUCAGAGGAGGAGAAGGAGGAAGCAAAAGUCAAAUUCAAGCAAGGAGGUGGAAUUCUCUUUGAAAUGUUUGUGCUCCAGCACUGCCUGUGAUGUUACAGAACCUGCAGCACCUCGUGCACAGCCCAGCCACCAGCGCCAGGCAGCGAGAGGUGUGCUUCUAUGGCAACUGCGCUGCGUCCUCUAUGGCUUCAGUAACAGAUGCCAGAUACAGGCAGAAAGAUACUUCGGAUCAGAACUUUGAUUACAUGUUCAAACUCCUGAUCAUUGGGAACAGCAGUGUGGGUAAAACAUCCUUCCUCUUCAGAUAUGCUGAUGACACUUUCACGCCAGCCUUUGUCAGCACAGUAGGAAUUGACUUCAAAGUGAAAACAGUUUAUAGGAAUGAUAAGCGGGUGAAACUGCAGAUUUGGGAUACAGCUGGACAAGAAAGGUACAGGACCAUCACUACAGCCUACUACCGAGGUGCCAUGGGCUUCAUCCUCAUGUAUGACAUCACCAGUGAAGAAUCCUUCAAUGCAGUGCAGGACUGGGCCACACAAAUCAAGACCUACUCCUGGGACAAUGCACAGGUGAUCCUGGUUGGAAACAAAUGUGACAUGGAGGAUGAAAGGAUCGUUCCUUUGGAGAAAGGGAAACAUCUGGCUGAUCAGCUGGGUUUUGACUAUUUUGAAGCUAGUGCCAAAGAAAACAUCAACGUAAGGCAGGUGUUUGAGCGUCUUGUGGAUAUAAUCUGUGAAAAGAUGUCAGAGAGUAUAGAGUCAGACCCUUCCAGGGGCGCUUCGGGAAGGAAUGUGAGGCUCACGGACAACCCACCCCCUUCACAGCAGAACUGCUCGUGUUAGUGACCUUUCUUGCUGAGAAAUGUCUUUCUCCUGACUAAAUUUUCUCUUUCUUUGUGGUUCGUUACCAUGUAGUCCAAAGGCAGAAGUCUCUGUUGUAGGAAACAGGUGUGUUUAAUGUGCUGGAGUGUUUAAUAUAUAUUAUCUGAUAAUUUAAAAAGAAACACUGAAUAAAUAUUGUGAGUGCACCUAGUUGUUAAUGUGUGAGUUACACUGAAUGAAGAAAAAGAAUCGCAUAGUGUUGCAAAUGCCUACGUUUGGAUCUACUCUGAUCAGCUGCUCGGUGGCAGAUGAGUUGCAGGAUGAUGGACACGAGGCUGCUCUGUGCUUGGCUGGAGGCAAGUUAUGGUAUAUAAGACUUAGAAACAGCACUAGCUCGGAAAGAAAGCAGGAGCCAAAGUAGCAUUGCCAAUAUUGUUAAAUUUUUCUGUGUUUUGUUGUUGAUUCCAUUUUUUAAUUUUGUGCUAGACGGUGCAUGUGUGAGGAUAGAUUUUCAAGUUUCAGGUUCCACCACUAUGUAUAAUUUUAGAAGAAGUGUGUGGGAAAAGACACGAUGAAUAAAACAUCAAAGAUAUCCUGUUGGGUACGCUACAGAUGUGGCAUGAUUCUUUGAGGGGAUGGAUAAUUUUUAAUAUUCGACGCCUACAAUGUUAUUGCACUAAAUAUAUACUUGUACUAAAAGAUGAAGUUUUGUAUGGGUGUAGAACUCCAUAUGUGUGCCACGUGCAGAGCUCGUAUUUCUCUGAAAUAUAAGGAACUGCUUUUGUGAAUAUGUAAAACUGUAGCAUGUGCCUUUGUCCAUGAUUGCACCACGGUUUGCACAGCGCAGCUCCAAGCAGUGACUGCAGGUUGCAUCAGUAAAUGUAAAUGAGGUGGAUGUAGAAGAAAUUUGCUGUAUUAGUGGUGUAACUAGGAAAAGUUUUAUGGCUCUACCACAGGCCUAUACGUUCCUCUGACCAAGGAGACUUUCUGCUGUCAGAAUCCGGAGUCCAGCAUCUGCCCAUGGCGCUGUCCCCAUGAUGGCACUAGCAUUCACUCUUGGAGUUUUGUUGUCACAUCUCAAAGUUCUAAGAAAAAAACCCACCGGUUUUCUGGAGAAAAAUGUCACUAUCUUGUUGUUUGAGCUCAGCAUGCUCAAGGCUCGAACCCUUUGCACCGCAUUUUGUUGUUUGCAGAAAUCUUUGGUGACUUUGGGUGUGUGUGACCCGCUGCUGAAAAUUUGCCCUGUGCAACACCAGGAGUGCCAUUACUGUAUGUGAACCCUCUGAAACUGCCAAAUAAAGAGAAAUGUGGCCACCAGGUGUGCCUGGAGGAGCUGUGUCACAGCAGCCAGUCGUGUGUAUGCACAGAGGUGCCUUAACGCUUUUGAUCGAGC